AUGAUAAGCUGCUGCAGAGCGGUGGGCGGCCUGGCGCUGAGGAGGUGGCUGCUCGUGGGCCCCGCCCCCGCGUGCAAAUGGCACAUUCGCGCGGCAGGGGUGGCAAGGGGGGUGGCCAACUGGGCAGGAACAAACGGCGCGGCGGCAAGGGGAGCGUUAAACCAAAGGGACGACCGCCUUGACCGCCUUGACGCCGACGUGUCGCCGAAGGUGGGCAAGCACUUCCGGGAAGCGUUCCAUGACGGGUCCGAAAAGAACUUCGAGUGCCACCCAUUCAACAGAAGGUUUGCCUACAGCAAGAGGAGCUUCUUCCCCAUCGAGCCGCGCAAUCUGCGUACCCUGGGGGUGAACAGGCAGAGGAAGAAAAAAAGGGGAAGAGGGGACAAGUGCCCAGGCAAAGGGAUUAGAGAAAAGCACAAGCAUAGGAAGUCAGGCAGACCAAAUAGCCGCACAUUUGAAAGUGGAAGGACUCCCUUGUAUAGGAGGCUACCCAAGUGGCCAGAGGCCUGGUUAAGCAGGCAAAAAAAAAACUACGACUGUCUAAACAUUUCCAAGCUGAGGUAUUUCAUUGAAAAGGGAAGACUCGAUGUAAGGUUCCCAAUCACGCAGAGACAUUUGCACGACUGCAGAUGUGUAAAAGUGAAAAAUGGGGUGAAGCUCUUCAACGUGAAUGAUUAUCCUUUCCCCUAUAAGAUACAUAUUGAGGUGGCUAGUGCAGACCAGUCCUCCAUCGAUGUUAUUAAAAAAGUCGGGGGCACUGUAACCAUCGUGUAUAUGGAAAGGAUAAAUCUCAGGGCCCACGUGAAGCCCUUCAAAUUUGAGGUCCUGCCAAGAACGGCUAGACCCAAUCUUGACAUGAUUCAUUUUUUGGAGAAGAUGAGGAGCAGGGGGUGCCUCGUUAAGUAUAUAAAGCCUUUGUGGCUGAUUGAGGAGGAGAAGAGGAUCAUCAACGAGAUGACCGAGGUGGAGGAGAGCUCCAAGCUCUGCCCCGAGGGAGAGCAGCAAGAGGGGGGCGACGAAGAAGAACAGCAGCGGCGCGAGAGGUUGCUCCAGGGCUACCGCCUGCAAAACGCGAGCGGUGGCGAUCAGCGCGUAGCCGUUGGGUGA